UGAGAUGUGAAGAUAUUGCAAAAGGCUGCAUCGUUUGCUUAUUGAUGUUUCAGUCACUUGCAGCAAGCACUCCUCAGGCGAGAUCAGGUGGUUUUGAUGCAGACAUCCGUCCUCCGUUUGUGAUGUGCAGCAAUGCAUUGGGAAUUUACGUCCAGGUAACUGCUGAUGCAGCUGCCCAUUGUGUCCCCUAUUUCCCGAUGAUGCACACUCCCUUUGGCACGGUCGUAAAGGACACCAUCCCUUCAAAAGAUCACUCUUCUCUUCUCAUUCUGUUCUCCUCUGCCCUCAAACUUGAAGGGAACUCUCUACCCUACGACUUUGCUAACAAGACCCUGACAUUUUCUACACUCUCUUCGCCAUGGCUUCCCAAAAUGCUGGGUCCGGAGCUCAAGUCAAACGCAGCAUUCCAGCAAGAGUGCAAUGCUCGGGCUCACUUGAAAUGAAGGAGUCGUCCAUGUACAGUGGAAUCGGUAUCUACACCGCAAAGGACAUUGAAGAAAAUGAGCUCAUUUUCAGCAUUAAGAACCCUGUGCUCGCUGUAAUUACGAAUGUUGAGGAUGGUUACAAGACAGCUUGCGACAACUGCUUCGCUGCUCUCUUCAAGGAACUUCGGACUGUUACGAAUCCACAACUUGCUUUUAAGGCAUGCAGUGCCUGCAAGAUAGCCCACUACUGCUCAAAGCAGUGCCAGAAAGCAGCUUGGAAGCACCAUCAUAAGCAUGAAUGCCAAACCUAUGCGACCUCGGAUAUCGGCGAUAUCAUUUAUGUUGCCCCAAUCAGGCUGCUCGUCAGAAUGUUGUGCCUCUAUACGAGCAACACGAUACCAAAAGACUUGUGGAACGAGUUCCUGUCUUUACCUUCUGAGAAGAAAUAUCGAAUCGAGGAGAGUAGAAACGCAAUCAAGGAAAUCGCUCAGUUCAUGUCCGGCGUCACAAAUCUCCCUCAAAGUCUUGUGGUGGAAACUUUCUCCACUGUUAUUCACAACCAGAGAGAUAUCUAUCUCCCAACUCUGAGAUUGCACUCUAAAACCGAUCCUCUAGCCACAGGGACCAUGGGGUUCAUGGGCGAUUGCAUCGAUCCUUUUGCAUCUUUAAUCAAGCACUCAUGCGAUGGGAACACUUGGCUCGUAUUUGAAGGCACCGAAUUGCGUUGCAGAGCAAUGAGAAGAAUCCAGGCGGGCACGGAACUCACGAUGUCCUACAUUCGACCAUCAACUCCCAGCUUCAUCGAACGCCGCGAGAAAUUACGUCAAACGUGGAACAUUGACUGCAAAUGUUCACUUUGCCAGUAUCCUUCUCCUGAACCCCUAGGCGACCUGAAGAAACAACUCACGAGAUACAACACACAUCCCAAGGAAGGUAUCACGUUCACGAAUCAACAACCCACACUUGACGAAAUUCAAAAGGAUAUCGAACAGAUGAAGGCUGCUGGAUUCGGCGCCGCUACGCUGCCGAUGCUCGCCCUCCAUCGCCUUGCGCUAUGGGCACACUUGAGCUAGGGGAAUGCAAAUACGGCAGAGUCACUGAUCAAGCUAGCUUUGAAGAUAUACUACGUUAUUGAGCCAGCACAGAUUCCAUCGAUUGUCCCACCACUCCACCUCAACAGCCUCUGGUUUCUGAUGGUGGUCAUAGAUGCCAAGUUGCUCCAUCCACCAUCUGAUUCCACAUCUACACCUCUUCCUGAACAUAUCAUGGAAGUACUCUCCAAAGCUCAUGGCUAUCUCACGUAUAAGGUUGUCACCG